AUGCCGUUUGGAACCAUGACGGCCCUUGGUGCAACUGGCCUUGGGCCCUCUCAGUCGUGCGUCCCCGCGCCUUCCCGACGAUGGCAAUAUGAACAAGACGUGCAAGAAACGCUGGCACGCGUGUCCGUCUGCAACUUAAAUCAGUGGGCUCUCGACUUUGAAGGAAAUUUCCGACGCGUGGCGAAAAGCAUCGAGGUCGCCAAGGCCGCUGGGUCCAAGCUGCGAGUCGGUUCCGAGUUGGAGAUGCCCGGUUACGGCUGCGAAGACCACUUCCUCGAAACCGACACUCUGACGCACUCGUGGGAGUGCCUGGCAGAGCUGCUGGCCUCGGACCUGACAGACGGCAUCUUGUGCGACAUUGGUAUCCCCGCCGUCCAUAAAUCCCUGACCUACAAUUGCCGCGUGUGGAUCCUCAACCGGCGGAUUCUGCUCGUGCGGCCCAAAACGGUUAUGGCCGAUGACUUGAACUACCGCGAGUCGCGCUACUUUGCGCGCUGGAACAGGCCAGCCGGGGCGCCUCUGGAGGAGUUCAGAGUUCCCCUGUGCGUGUCAAAGGUGACGGGACAAACCACCGCCCCUUUCGGCGUGGCAAUUCUGGAGUGUCUCAACACCUCAGUGGCGAGCGAGAGCUGCGAAGAGCUGUGGUCGCCGAUUCCGCCGCAUGGGUCUCUGUUUCUCGACGGCGGGGUUGAAAUUAUCUGCAACGGGAACGGCUCGCACUACGAAAUGCAGAAGCUGGCGCGGCGGUACCAGCUGCUGCGCCAAAGCACUUCGCACGGAGGCGUGUACAUGUACAGCAACCAGAUCGGGUGCGACGGCGGCCGUUUGUACUUUGACGGGUCCGCGAUGAUUUGCGUCAACGGCGAGUUCGUGGGGCUCGGCAAGCAGUUCAGCCUCGACGAGGUUGAGGUCGUGACGUCAACGCUGGAUCUCGCCGAGGUCCGUUCGCGUCGGGCUGCGUCGGCAACGCGUGCGCAGCAGCAGCGGCCGAUCCCGUACCCUACCGUCCAAGUCCCUUUGUCUCUUUCGCCUGCUCCGCCUCCGCUCUUCUCGCGCCUUCCCUCCGACUUUGGCCGGGGCGUUGAGGCCUCUUCGUGCCCGGGAAAACGCGAGGGCGAAGAGCGCGGAGCUGCCGACGUGAGUGGCGUGGAGGCAACGGGGCUGCCUUCACCGCUCGAGGUCCAGUUCGCGUGGACGACGGCCUCGCCAGUCGUCGUGCCCAAGCUUCUUUCCCGGGAGGAAGAAGUCGCGUGGGGCCCUGCGUGCUGGAUGUGGGACUAUCUGCGUCGCUCGGGAGCGGGCGGCUUCUUCCUUCCGCUUUCGGGCGGCGCCGACUCCUCGGCCGUGGCGACGGUGGUGGCGUUCAUGUGCCGCAUCGUCAUGGCCAGCGUCGACCAAGGGAACGCCGCGGUGCUGGCCGAGUUGGAGCGGAUCCUCGGAAAGCGGAAAGACCGAGACGCGGGCUUCCCCGCCGACGCGAAGGAGCUGUGUCACCAGCUCCUGCACACGUGCUACAUGGCCACGACGCACUCCAGCGAUCAGACGCGCCAUCUCGCCGGCCAACUCGCGAGUCAGAUCGGUUCGUAUCAUCUCGCGCUGACCAUCGACUCCAUCACGACGGCCUUCACCUCGGUCCUCUCCUCGGAAACGGGGCUCGUGCCGCGGUUCGCCGCGCAAGGCGGUUCGAUGACUGAAGAUCUCGCGCUUCAAAACAUCCAGGCGCGCAGCCGCAUGGUCCUCGCGUACUUCAUGGCCCAGCUGCUGCCGCUCGUUCGCGGCGAGGGCCAAGGGGAAGACGCGUACCGCAGAGACAUGGCGCUUUUGCCCGGAGGCAGUCAGCCAGCAGGCGCAGAGGCGACGCCUGCUUCGAACUCCAUGGACGACGGCGAUUCCGGCGGCGCGACUCGCCGAGCCCGACCCUUUGGAGCGGGGGCGUCCGCAGGCGACCCGUCCGCCGACGGCGCGAGAGGCGGAGGGCGAGACACCGCGAGAGCUGCCGCUCGGAGAGGAAGAGGCUACCUCCUUGUUUUAGGAACCGCGAACGUCGAUGAAGGCUUGAGGGGAUACUUCACCAAAUAUGACGCGAGCAGCGCCGACUUGAACCCCAUUGGGUCCAUCAGCAAGAUUGACCUCAAACGCUUUCUCCGCUGGGCCGCGCAACCCGAGAACCUCGGCAUUCCUGCUUUGCUGGAAGUGGUAGAUAUGCCGCCAACAGCCGAGCUUCGCCCCCUGGAUCAAGGCAAGCAACAAACAGACGAAGAGGAGAUGGGGAUGACGUACGAGGAACUCGGCUGGUUCGGCCGUCUCCGAAAAGUCUCGCGAUGUGGCCCCUUCUCGAUGCUGAAGCGGCUGCUGGAUGCGUGGCGGGAUCGCUACAGUCCUUCGGUUAUCAAUCAGAAAGUUCAGCAUUUCUUCCGGCAGUAUGCUCGGAACCGCCAUAAAAUGUGCACGAUCACUCCCGCGUUGCACGUGGAGAGCUACAACCCGGAUGACAAUCGCUUCGAUCUCCGUCCGUUCCUGUAUCCCAACUUUGCUCGCCAGUUCAUGUCCAUGGAUCGCCUCGUGCUCAGUAUCGAACGCGCGGCGCAAGAGCAGGCGUUCGCGACGCGUGCCCCGCGGACCUCCUUCCCGUCGUCUUUUUUCCCGCGGUCUUCUCCCAUGGGGACAGAGGCGGCCGCCUCUCUCUCGUGCUCGACCGCCUCAGCCGGCCCGUUCUACAACGCCGAGAUGGGUUUCGCGGGCACGACAAACAAAUAA